AUGGAUUAUUCACAACAUUUAAAUUGUGAUCAGCACUUUCAUUCAACUGAACGAGAUAACGCGGAUAUUUUACUACUAGAAGCUUGUUUAAAGCAAACGGAAGGACAGAAAAAUAUAUUGGAAGCAAAUGUGGCCAAGCAUGAACGAAUUAAAGCAGAGAUGUGUGAUUUGCAAAGGAAGUUGGAUAAUCUCCAACGAACAAUUGAAGAUAAAAAGGCACUUCAUCAACAGUCUUAUAAUGAAAUCAAUCAAGAGUUAGAAUCAACAUCUUUGAAGUACAGUUUAAUAUUGAGCACGAUUGAAGAGUUGGAACAAAAUAACCAUGAGUUAGAGUGCAGUAUACAAUCUCAAUCAUCUAUACAAUUGCAGAUUAUUGAAAAAAUCAAAAAGCUGGAAAAAUCAAAAAAAGCAGCUAUAGAAUCCAAUAAUGAUCUUUGGGAUAAAAUCAAUAAUGAAAAAGAGUGUGCAAAGUCGCUUCAACGGCAACAGACUGACUUGGAAACUGCGAUCGAUUGCAAAACCACCGAAACACAAAAGUUACGAUGCGCGUUAACCGAUAAGGAAGCGAUGGUUCAGAGCGAGGGAAAUCAGCUAGCUGAACUGCAGCGGCAAAAUAUCUCCAGUGACAGGUCCCUACAAGAGUUAAUCACUGAAUGCCAGGAACGAGAAACGGAAUUAGAAGCGCAUAGGCACGCAGCGCCUGAAAAACUGGCUCGGGCUGACCAGUGUAUAGACAUGGUUCGUCGUGAAUUAACUGACGCAUGCGUUGCCGCAACCGGCUGGAAGACUAAGAGUCAAAACGCGGCAAACUCGCAUUGUGAAUUGAAAACAGCUCAAAAAGCGGAGCAAUGUCGCGCAAAGACUCUCCUUUCGGAACUGAGUGAUGAACGAAGCCAGUUGAACGAACAAUUAACUGAUACGCUACACCAGUUGAAGUGUGCGAAAAUUGAAAACUGUCAGCUGACGGCUGAAGCAAAAGUUUUAGCUGAGCGAUUAUCCUGCCUAAAAGCCGAGAAGGAGCGACUUAAUGUACACAAUUUAUCCGAUCGUUUGUCAUCUAUAGCGCAAUGCACGGGUUUCGAUACCCAGGACGAUAAGACUGUCAGAAAGUGGAAUACAUUGGAGUCGGUCGAAAAUGAAGUAGAACGACUCAAAUGGGCGUGUGAGGACCGUGAUCGGGCAAUCAAGGAUGCAAAAGGAAAGCUUGGUGACUGUUGUACAGCCAGCACAAGAACCGACUAUCGUUACGAGUACUGA